AUUUUUGUUGUUCUCUCUUCUUCACAACCAAAGAGAAGAAAACUCAUUCGCUAUAAUGGAGGAAGAGCAAAACAAAUCUCCUCUCCUCCAUUAUUGGGGAAAUACUCCAGAAGAAGAUUACUAUACUCUCCAAGGUAUCAAAUCUACUAAAUCUUUUUUCACUUCACCUAGAGGUUUAACCCUUUUCACUAGAUCAUGGUUACCCUCCACCAAAACCCCACCUAAAGGUAUCAUUUUUAUGGUCCAUGGCUAUGGAAAUGACAUCAGUUGGACAUUUCAAGCAACCCCAAUUCACUUAGCUAAAAAGGGUUUUGCUUGUUUUGCUCUGGACCUUGAAGGGCAUGGCCAGUCUCAAGGUCUUAAAGCUUAUGUACCUAAUCUUGAUUUAGUUAUUGAUGAUUGUUUGUCUUUUUUCAAUUUUGUUUUGACCCAAAAUCCUGAAUUUCAAGAUUUGCCUAAAUUCCUCUUUGGUGAGUCAAUGGGUGGUGCAAUUUGUCUUUUGAUUCAUUUGAAAAGACCUAAAGAGUUUAAUGGUGGGAUUUUGAUAGCCCCCAUGUGUAAAAUCUCUGAUAAAGUAAAACCCAUAUGGCCAAUUGCUCAGUUCUUGACAUUAGUUGCAAGAUUUGCACCAACUUUGGCUGUUGUACCAACAGCUGAUUUGUUGGAAAAAUCUGUUAAAGUACCAGAAAAAAGGAUUAUUGGUGGGAGGAAUCCUAAUAGGUAUUUUGGAAAACCAAGAUUGGGUACUGUUGUUGAGCUUUUACGUGUGACUGAUUAUGUUAGUAGCAAACUAUGUGAUGUGAAUAUGCCCUUUUUGGUGUUACAUGGGAGUGCUGAUGUUGUUACUGAUCCAGAAGUAAGUAGGGAAUUGUAUAAAUUGGCGAAAAGUACAGACAAGACACUGAAAAUUUAUGAUGGUAUGAUGCAUUCUUUGUUGUUUGGAGAGACUGAUGAAAAUGUUGAGAUUGUUCGUGGUGAUAUAUUGGCAUGGUUGAAUGAUAGAUGCUGAGAGGGGCGGAUCUAGAGGAGCUGAAUGGGUUCGUAUGAAUCCGUUGCUGGAAAAUCACACUAUAUAUACAAGGUCCAAAGUACUUAUUAGGUAUAUACAGUACCCUUGACGAUUGAUGAAAGUCGUGUCUCCGCCACUCAUGCUGAAUUGUCUGCACUUGGAUUAAAUACAUAUCUGACUCGUAUUAAUCCCAUUUCUAGUUCAUUAGUGUGAGUCAUAUUUGUUAAAGAUCCAAACUUUAGAAGUUCUUUUCUCAAAGAAUGAGGUGUAGAGCUUGCCAAGUAGACUAGAUAUAAAGAUUGCAUUUUUUUCAGCAGAAUCAAGAUUGGAUAUUUGCUUUGAAGCAUUCUGUGUUUGCUUAUGAAUGGAUGUUUUACAACUU